AAGAAGAAGAAGAAGAAGAAGAACGGAUCCGUGACUGAGAGGAGAAGUUAGGCCUCCUCGGAAAUACGGGAAGUAUAUCCUGAGGAAGCAGAAUGAUCGACCCGAGCUCAUCAGAGUCGGAAAGCGAGGAGGACCAGAGUUCUCAGCAUGUCGGGGCUGUCGGUAGCGGCGGAAGUGGCAGAGGUAGCAGUGGUGCUCGUAUUGGGAGCGGUAGCUCGUACGGAUCCCGGCGACAGAUCGGACCUGGAAGUAGCUUUGGCGGCGCAAGUGGUCCUGUAUCAGGUAGCAUGAGUUCGUUAGCUUCGCCAGGAGGCUCGAUCUAUGGAUCUGUUGGGACACUUCGUGCUGGCACGGCUACUGGCCAGGAUAGUUCAUUGGACUCCUCCACUGUGAGAAACUCGUUGUCGCCUUCUAUGUCUGCUGCCCAGGAUGCGGCAAGUUACGCUCAGAGACCCACUAGCCCUUCGCCCUCCGUUGCUAGCGAGAAAAUCGAAACCGAGCAGGAUAAGCAAGAGCGGGAAGAAGAGGAGAGGAAGACUAGGAUACAGUUGUACGUGUUCGUCUCGAGAUGCAUUUCAUAUCCGUUCAACGCCAAACAACCACUGGAUAUGACGAAACGCCCGCUGAAAGUGACCAAACAGCAACUCGAAACAAUAUGUUCUCGUUUUCAGAGUUUUCUAAAGGGAGAAACGCAGAUAAUGGCGGAUGAAGCGUUCCGCAAUGCCAUACAGAAUUACUACGAUGUGUUUUUAACGUCGGAUCGAGUGAUACAAAUGGUGCAAAGCGGUGCUUGCUCUCAACUCGACUUCCGCGAGGUGUUCAAGGAGAACAUAAAAAUACGUGUUCUACGCUUCCCGGAAAUCGAUGGAUUGAGCAAAGAGACUGUACUUACGUCCUGGUUGGCCAAGUUCGAUUGUAUCAUGAAAGGUUCGGGAGACGAGGAGACCAAGAGGCCCUCCAGGAUGCAACAACAGUCUUUGCUCUCGGAGAUGAUUCUGCCGAAGGAGCAGCUGUACGACGUGUUUCAGCAAAUUCUUGGCAUCAAGAAGUUCGAACACCAACUUCUGUUCAACGCCCUCCUGUUGGAUUCAGCCGACGAGCAGGCUGCCGCCAUCAGGAGGGAGCUGGAUGGUCGCCUUCAAAGGGUCAACGAAAUGGAAAAGAACCGCAAGCUUAUGCCCAAGUUCCUUCUAAAAGAAAUGGAGUCGCUCUACAUCGAGGAACUUAAGUCGUCUAUCAACCUGUUAAUGGCUAAUUUAGAGUCAUUACCGGUCUCGAAAGGUUCGACAGACAGCAAAUACGGGCUGCAGAAGCUGAAGCGCUGCAAUCACCGUCGCGAGCGCUCCCGCUACCGCGGUCAGGGUUCUCUCGUUAAAUUGGAGAGCGACUCCGCUGACUUGGAACCGCAGUUAACCAAAAUGGACGUAGGCCUGACCUUCCAGCUGGCUGUGGUAGUGGUAGAGGUCAGGGGCUUGAAGAGUUUGCCGCCGAACAAGAUAGUUUAUUGCACGAUGGAAGUCGAUCGUGGCAAAAAGCUGCAAACCGAUCACGCUGAGGCUUCGAAACCUAUGUGGGAUACACAGGGUGACUUUACCACCAUGCAACCGCUUCCACUGGUCAAGGUUCGACUCUUCACUGAAAAUUCGGCGAUGCUCGCGCUCGAGGACAAGGAGUUGGGCAAAGUGCAUAUACGACCUACACCGUUUUCCUGCAAACAUCCGGAAUGGUACCGAAUGUCCGUCCCGAAGAAUUGUCCAGACCAGGAACUCCUCAUCAAAGUUGGUUGUCGAAUGGAUAAGCCCUUCAACAUGAAACACUGCGGUUAUCUUUAUGCAAUGGGCAAGUCUGUGUGGAAAAAGUGGAAGAAACGAUACCACGUGCUAGUUCAAGUUUCUCAGUACACGUUCGCGAUGUGCUCGUACAAAGAGAGGAGGAGCGAACCCUCGGAGAUGAUGCAGCUGGAUAGUUACACGGUCGAUUAUAUCGAACCUGUUUCUGCCAAUCUUAUGGUUGGCAUGGAUCUAGAUGAUGGGAGAUUUUAUUUUAACGCCGUUCGCGAAGGAGACAACAUAGUGUUCGCCACGGACGACGAGAACGAGUGCCAGACCUGGGUGAUGGUCAUGUACAGAGCGACCGGCCAAUCUCAUAAACCUACUCCGCCAGUUUCCGUUACGGACAAAAAUUCUACCAUCAGUAAGAUACAGGGCGACGCCGAUCGAGCAAAAAAGCACGGAAUGGAAGAUUACAUUAGCGCGGAUCCUUGCAAAUUCGAUCACCACGCACUCUUCAAGUUUUUACAGAACUUGAUUCUGGAUUAUCGAUUGAACGAUCCAUACUGUUCCCUUGGUUGGUUUUCGCCCGGUCAAGUAUUCGUUCUGGAUGAAUAUUGCGCUAGAUACGGAGUACGAGGUUGUUUUCGACAUUUGUGCUACUUGCACGAUCUACUGGAUAGGAUCGAUCGCGGGCUCAUGAUCGAUCCAACUCUGAUUCACUUUAGUUUCGCCUUUUGUGCCACCCACGUCUACGGCAACCGCACGGACAGAGUCGGCUCCAUCACUCACGAGGAGAAGGAGAAAUUUCAAGAGAUCAAAGAGAGGCUCAGACAGAUUCUCGAGGAACAAAUUACUAAUUUCAGAUAUAGCUUCCCGUUUGGUCGACCGGAAGGCGCAUUGAAAGCUACUUUGUCUCUUUUGGAACGAGUAAUAAUGAAGGAUGGCAUCAGUCCUGUACCUCAAGAAGAAGUGAAAGCUUUGAUCAAGAGUUGCCUUGAAAAAGCUGCUCUUGUUAAUUACACAAAACUUUCUGCCGACGCGAAGAUCGAAGACGACUUCAGCGGUGAGGUUUGUGUUACGCCAAGCAAGAAACUCGAAGACCUCAUUCAUCUUUCCGAAAUGUGCGUGGAUCUGCUUCAACAAAACGGGGAGCACUAUUCGAAGACACGAUCAAUAGCUCUUAUCGUAUCUGCGUGCACUCGAGGAUUCUUUGCUCAGGGCGACGAUCCCAUCGCCCUGAGUUCUACAUUAUACUUAUGCCCUCCGCGUGUAUGUGUGACGUCCAAUAUUUUCACGAGCCGCUCCUACUACACUGUACCGCAGGCGUUCGCCUGGUUUAGCGAUCUUAUGGUGGAGCACGCCGAGAUCUUCUGGUCCCUGUUUGCCGAAGAUAUGGACAAAGUGCUCGCCGAACAACCACGGGACACUUGGGACAGCUUCCCGCUCUUCAAAAUCCUGAACGACUAUUUGAGGGAAGAUGAUAAUUUGAAGAAUGGCAGGUUCCAUCAACAUCUUCGCGAUACUUUUUCUCCAAUGGUGGUGCGUUAUGUGGAUUUAAUGGAAACAUCGAUCGCACAGUCGAUUUUCAAAGGUUUCGAAAAGGAACGCUGGGAGAUAAAAGGGAACGGAUGCGCCACGUCUGCCGAAUUGUUCUGGAAACUCGAUGCUCUGCAAUCUUUCAUUCGCGAUCUUCAUUGGCCAGAUCAAGACUUUCGACAACAUCUAGAGCAGAGAUUGACGUUAAUGGCAUGCGACAUGAUCGAUACUUGUAUCCAACGAACAGAUGCUGCGUUUCAACAAUGGCUGAAAAAAGGCGUAACUUUUAUCUCCACCGAUUACAUCAUUCCAUCGGAAAUGUGCGCAAUGGUGAACGUUAUUCUCGAUGCGAAAAACCAAAGUUUCGAACUGUGCACCAUUGAUGGUGUCGACGUGCACCAAUACCAUGCCAAGAUCGACGAUUUGAUAGAAAAAACAUCGGCCACCAUGACCCAAGGGAUGAUUAAUAAGCUAGUCACGGUUCUAGAGACUACUUUAUCCAAGUUAUCUCGUUACGAUGAAGGAUCUUUCAUAGGAUCCAUUCUCAGUUUAACGAAGGUAUCAGGAAGUGGAAAGGAAAUGGGACAGGCCUACGUAAGUUUUACAAGAAACUGUAUGGACCAGAUUCGAGGCAAAGUUUUCGAUGAAUUAUGGAUUUUAACGUUCUUUGAGCAAUGGUACAUGGCGCAAAUACAAAUACUGUGCACAUGGCUUUCGGAAAGGCUUGAUCACAGCUUACAUCUAUAUCAAUGUACCUGUUUGGCCCAUAUCGUAAAAAAAAUUUACUCGGAUUUUGAGCUACAAGGUGUUAUAGAGGAGAAACUUAACUCGACAACAUAUCAGACUAUAUUUAAGAGGAUGCAAACGGAAGAAGCGACUUGUGCCUUAACGAGCGUUCAGAACGAAGAAGGUCUUUCGGAGAAUGGUAACGACGACGAGGUAGAACGACCAAAAGCAAAGGUAACGGUCGUCGAAACGGUCAACAGCGAAGACGCGAAUUUAAUCAGCAAUGUUACUUCGAACGUUGUUGAGAAAGUUGGAAGCAUGUUUGGCAAGGGCAUUGGUGGCCUUUCGACGAAGUUUGGUGGACCUAGCUGGUUUUGAUUAUUUUUCUUAUUACCGCUAUUAUUGCUCAUCUUAAUUUCUCCUUCUUCUCGGUUUUUUUCUACUCAUAUUUUUCCUUUUUUUUACUUUUACUGUCACUAUAAUUGUCAGUAUUAUCGUUGAGUAGCAAUUGCGAUGGUGACAAUUACUAUUAUUGCUACUACCAUUAGUUCACGUUAUUAUUAUUACUAUCUCUAUUAUUUUAUAUAUAUAUAUAUA